AACAGCAUUUUUGAGUUCAUCUCGUGAACGUCAUAAACUUCACGACACGUUAAUCCGCGUAGUGUUCUCGUCACUAGCAAACAAGAGAGAGCUUUUGAGUCUCACUCCUACCUCAUCCUCAUCUCUCGCACCUCUCUGCCCGUAGCGCCAUGGCCAGCGACGAUCAGCGGGGGCUACAUUAUGAACAAACGUUGAUGUAUGGUCGCUACACACAGGAGUUGGGGGCGUAUGCUAAAGAAGAGGCAGCUCGCCUGAGGGAGGAGGGGGUGCGGAGGCGCUCGGUCACAGAACGCUCACGCUCCCUGGAACUUUUGGAGAAUGACAAGGGCUGCUGCGCCAAGUGUCGCAUCUGUACGGUGCGCUGUCAGAAGUUCCUCAUCUCUUGUGUUGGUGAAGACUGGAUUUUCCUCAUCCUCCUGGGUCUAUUCAUGGCUCUACUCAGCUGGCUGGUCGACUUUGGUAUCGGCAUCUGUCUACAAUCACAGAAGUGGAUGUAUGUGAACCUGGAGAGUAAUGUGUUUCUCCAGUACCUAGCCUGGGUCACCUACCCUGUGGUGCUCAUCACCUUCUCAGCUGGCUUCACACAGCUACUGGCCCCACAGGCCAUAGGUUCAGGUAUCCCAGAGAUUAAGACCAUUCUGAGGGGUGUAGUGCUGAAAGAAUGCCUCACCUUUAAAACCUUUGUGGCCAAAGUCAUCGGCCUCACCUUUGCCCUUGGCAGUGGCAUGCCUCUGGGCAAGGAGAGUCCGUUUGUUCACAUUGCCAGUCUUGGUGCUGCACUUCUCUGCAAGUUCAUGUCUCUGUUUGGAGGAAUCUAUGAGAAUGAGUCGAGGAACAUUGAGCUGUUAUCAGUUGCCUGUGCUGUGGGGGUGAGCUGUGUUUUCGCUGCCCCUAUAGGAGGUUUGCUGUUCAGUAUUGAGGCAAUGUCUACUUUCUUCACUGUGAGGAACUACUGGAGAGGGUUCUUCGCUGCUACCGUCACUGCCUUCAUGUACAGAGUUCUGGCCGUGUGGAACAGAGACGAGGUGACCAUCACAGCUCUGUUGCCAACCAAUUUCCGUCAGGACUUCCCCUUUGACCUCCAGGAGCUCCCAGCCUUCGCUGUCCUUGGUAUUGCCAGUGGUCUUGGCGGAGCGUUGUUUGUCUGCCUGAACAGACAGAUAGUCCAGUUAAUCAGGAACCAGAAGACCAUCAAAAAGUUUCUCAUGAAGAAGCGUCUGCUGUACCCAGCCCUGGUCACUCUGCUUGUGUCUACGCUAACGUUUCCCCCUGGCUUCGGACAGUUCAUGGCAGCCAAGCUGACCCAGAUGGAGUCCCUGGAGACGUUGCUAGACAACCAGACGUGGUCUAAGCAGGGCAUACCCGAGGAGUUUGAAAGCAACAGCCAGUCCCAGGCCUGGAAACACCCCCAGGUCAACGUCUUCGUCACCCUCACCCUCUUUGUCGUCAUGAAGUUCUGGAUGUCUGCUCUGGCCAUGACCAUGCCUGUGCCCUGUGGAGCCUUCAUGCCUGUCUUCGUCAUUGGGGCAGCGUUUGGCCGUCUGGUCGGGGAGAGCAUGGCCGCCUGGUUCCCUGACGGCGUCCACUCUGAUGGCACCAUCUACCCCAUAGAGCCAGGAGUGUACGCAGCCGUGGGUGCAGCGGCCCUGUCUGGAGCAGUCACUCACACAGUGUCGACGGCAGUUGUUGUGUUUGAGCUGACGGGUCAGAUCAGCCACAUCCUGCCGGUGAUGAUAGCGGUGAUACUGGCCAAUGCCGUGGCCCAGUCCCUCCAGCCCUCGCUAUAUGACUCCCUCAUCAUGAUCAAGAAACUACCCUACCUCCCUGAACUGGGCUGGGGACACCACGAGAAGUAUAAUAUUUGUGUGGAGGACAUCAUGAUCAGGGAUGUGAUGUACAUCACCCUCAACUGCUGCUACAGAGACCUGCAUGAUGUACUGCUGACUGGACACCUCAAUACCCUAGCCCUGCUCGAGUCCAGUGAGUCGAUGAUCCUGCUGGGUUCUAUUGAGCGUGCCCAGAUCCAGGCCCUCCUGUCCCUACAGCUAGGCCGGCCACGGAGACUGAAGUACCUGAGAGACCGGGCCACAGCUGAGAAGCGCCUGUCGGUGGUCUCCCACCCGGGCAGCGAGGACGGCUCCACCAUGGUCAACCAGGAGGUCCACUUCCAGGUCAAUAAGAUCUCCACAGAGGAGACUUCCCUCAGUUCCACCCCUACCCCCUCCAUGAAGCCACUGAAGCCAGCCCUGAAGAGACCCUCUGUGGUGGACUGCCCUACUGAGAUACCCAUGCCCACAAGUCCACAGGACCACUCAGGCAGCACCUUAAGGAACCUAUUCCGUGUCAGACCUGAUAUAGAAGGCCUGGAGGAUGACUUCGACGUGGAUGAUGACAUGACCAUUAGAGAGAUUGCAGAGUGGGAGGAGAACCAGCUUGACGAGCAGGUGAACUUUGACAAUUGCAUGAUCGACCCCGCCCCCAUCCAACUGGUGGAGAGCACCUCACUACAUAAGACCCACACCAUCUUUUCUCUGCUGGGGUUGGACCAUGCCUACGUCACCAGCAUUGGACGACUCAUCGGAGUGGUGUCCCUCAAAGAGCUGCAGAAGGCCAUCGAGGGCUCUGUGGCAGUGAAGGGGGUGAAUGUGCGCCCCCCUCUGGCCAGUUUCCGGGACAGCGGCACCAGUGGCACCAUUAUGAACAACGAGAACAAGGCCAGAGAUCUCCACAAGCUGUGGAACCGCCGACAGUUGAUGUCCCUCCCCCAGGAGCACCGAGCCUCCGACUCUGACGAGAAGUCCAAGUGAGGUGGACUGGGAUAGGUUGACGGGGAUCGGGACGAUGAUGCGGACAGGUUGACGGGGAUCGGGACGAUGAUGCGGACAGGUGGACGGGGAUCGGGACGAUGAUGCGGACAGGUGGACGGGGAUGGGGACGACGAUGAUGCGGACAGGUGGACGGGGAUGGGGACAGGUGACACAGGGAUGGGGACAGAUGUGUUGGCGAGGAGUAGGAGGAGCAUUGACCCCCCCCCCCCCCCCCCCCAACUCAAAACCACAACCGAUGCUGCAAAUGGCUUGGAUCAAUAUUUAAUUCUGGACUAUAGAAUUCUCUCCUCUUACUCCUCUCCUAACCUUCCUCUCCAUCCCUCUCUCCUUUAUCCCUCCUCCUGGUUGCCCUUUGGGCCCUACACUUACUCAGCUCUUAUGGAGGAGGGAUGGACUCACCCUGUGCUUGGCCCAACCAGAACAAAAUAGAUCUGGGUGUUAGGGAGGGGAGAGAAGAGAAGAGGAGAGGAGGGAUGGGUUAAGGUGUCACUGCUUAACAAAGGUGAUCAGAGCAAAAUGUAUAGAAUAUGCGUGUUUUGACUAUAAAAAUAAUUGCAUUUUUUUUACAAAUUUUGCAGACUUUGAGAGGAAAUUUAAAAAAGAAAAUCCUAUGUGUAGCACCUUCUCAGAAAAUACAGUCUCAAACACACACGCACAAGUUUUAAUAAGAGCCAGUCUGCACACUCUAAGACAAUGGAGUUCUCUCUAAAAAUAGCUCUUUAUAACCUUGAAGAGAGGAAGGAGAGGGGGAAGAGGGAAAGAGUGAAAAAGGCUAAAAUAUGACAAUAUGAAAGUGUUUUCUGUUAUCUAAUCUGCUGCUACUUUAGGGGUCCCCCCCCCCCCCCGAUAGAACCCAGGGUAGCUUUCUGGUUGGCCAACGUCACAUCCCCACUGUAUGUGUCCACUGUCCAGUAACACUACACUACGUUGAUCAGAGUAAGGACAGACCCAGACCACAUAGAACCAGUUUGAUUCAGUCCCAUUCUAAAUCCUAUUUUCCCUAACCUUAACCCUAGCUCCUAACCCUAACCUUAAACCUAACCCUAGCUCCUAACCCAAAUUCUAACCCUAACACUAAUUCUGACCUUAACCCUAAACCCGCUAGAAAUGGCAUUUGACCUUGUGGGGACCAACAAAAUGUUCCCAGUUGGUCCCCCCAAAAAUUUGAUAAUUCUUGUGAGGACUUCUUGUCCCCACAAGUAUAGUUAAACACGUACACACACACACACACACACACACACACACACACACACUGACUGAUAUUUCUGCAACCUGGAUGUGUUAUUGCAUAAAUACGUUAUCAUUUCAGUGGUGAGUUCUUGCCUUGUUCACCGCCACUGAAAAGAAAACACACAUUAACAUCUUCACAGACUGACAUGCCCGUGAGAUGCACACAUAUGAGGAGAAGUAUGCUGUUGUGUAUAUCAUUUUAAUGGACAAUAUCAUUAUGAUGGCUAUUUUUUAAAUGUUUUUAUUCCGGUUUAUUUUGUAUCUUUUCUCAUUGAAUUCAUUUUGAUCUAGGUUUGAUUGGCAUCAUUCAUUCAUCCAAUGAGCUUUAAUCAUGGCUUAUUUUGGGAAAGGGGCAGUGGUGUGAAGUACUAAAGUAGUACUUUAAAGUAUUUUUACUUAAGUAGUUGUUUUGGGUAUCUGUACUUUACUAUUUAUAUUUUACUUUUACUUCUACAUUCCUAAAUAAAAUUAUAUACUUUUUACUCUA